AUGGAUUACUACACUGACGACUUCAAGCAUGGCACAUCAUUCCAUGGACGCUACGCCGAUUUCCUACACUUAUUUCCUGGGACUCGCCAAGCCACGAAGGAAUAUUAUCUACACACGAAGAUAUUUCAGAUCAUGCAUUUCGUAGUGAUCAAGAAGAAAAUUGUCGACCAGUAUCCCUUCGUCGUGACACCUAUGCUCAAUGCUCUGAACGAUUCCAAAGACAUGGCUUUGCGCCGCAUGCAGUCUGCGGGAACACAUCGAUAUAUGUUGCCAUUCUUGCCCUCACAGCUGGAGGAAAUCGAUGAUAUCUUCGGUGGUGAUCCAUGGCCAUAUGGCCUUGAGGUGAAUCGGAAACCGUUGGAAGCUUUAGUAACUUACCUUGAAGAUCAAACUGUGAUUUCCCACAAGGUUCCGCUAGAACAAUUAUUCGCACUUAUCUAUGGGAAGAACCUCAAGAGGUAA